AUUACCAGCAAGACAAAGUAAAUCUUAAAGAAAAUGCCUUACAUCUCUGACAAUUCCUACGAUGAAGAUCAAAAAAUCUGGAGUGGUGAGGAAGCUACGAGAUAUUUUGACCCGCACUUGUCCAUUGGAGAGAUAAUUUUCCAAGAGAUGCGGCGGCAUCCACAGCUUGUAGCUCAGAUCUCGGCUACGGAGAACACAGUGCUGUCCAGAAGCGAACUCCUUGCCAAUUCGAUGCGCGUGGCCUGCUUUUUCCGAUCAGAGGGACUUCUUCAAUCCGAUGUUGUGGGGAUUAUUGGUAGGAAUACCACCCAUAUGUUGGCUGUGGCAUACGCCUGCUUCUUCAAUGGCAUCGCCUUCCAUUCGCUCAAUACUUUAUAUGAUCGCGAUACAAUCGAAAUGGUAUAUAACAUUACAAAGCCCCGUAUUAUAUUCUGCGAUGGCGAUGAGUUCCAGAAGGUACGAGAUGCCACCUCUAAACUGGAUGUGAAGAUCGUUACCAUGCGUAAUCAUCCCACGGAUUCCAUUCGAAUCGAAGAAGUUCUGGCUACUCCCAUUGAAGAAGACUUCCAGCCAGCACAACUGGAACAUGGCAACGAUCAGAAUCUGGCCAUUCUCUGCUCCUCGGGGACAAGCGGAACUCCAAAGGCUGUAACCAUUUCCAAUAGUCGUCAUAUCUUAGCGGGCAACUACCAUCUGACCACCGCUGAUGUUCAGUACUCCCACAACACCCUCGACUGGCUUACCGGCCUGGUCACCACAAUAACCUCUGGAGUGUUCAGCACAACUCGUAUUAUUGCGGAUAAUGCUUUCGAACCCGUAUUUGCAAUGCGAGUCAUUGAGGAGUACAAGGUUACGUGGACUAUACAGUCGCCCACCGCAAUGGCUUUGAUGAUUAACUGUGCAGAGUUUGAGACUUGCGACCUGUCCAGCCUUCGAAGCUUCAUGUUUGGGGGAUCAAGGGCGGCCAUUGAGGUACAAAAAAGAAUUCGAAGUCGCCUGAGCAAGAAUUGCCUUCAGUUCGCUUACGGAUUCACAGAACUGGGUGCCAAGGCCACCGUAAACUGUCACUUUGACGAGAAACCCGGAUCGGUGGGUCAGUUGGUCAACGGGUUAAAGUUGAAGAUAGUCAACGAUAAGGGUGAAUCGCUGGGACCCGACGAAUUGGGAGAGGUGUGCAUUAUGAACAAUCAGCACUGGUCGGGAUACUACGGAAACGAAGUUGAGUCACGUGCCGUUCGCGAUCCACAGCAAUGGUUUCACUCUGGCGACAUGGGCUAUAUGGAUCGAGAUGGUUUCCUGUACAUUGUGGACCGCAAGAAGGAUAUGCUCAAGUACCAGGGUAUCAUGUACUAUCCCAACGAAAUUGAGAGUGUCAUCUCCGAGAUGUCCGAUGUUGCCGAGGUCUGUGUCUUCGGGGUGUGGAGUGAUAUCUACGGAGAUGAGGCUGCAGCCGCUGUUGUAAAGAAACUCGGAAACGAUCUUACAUCCCAGGAUGUUGUGGACUAUGUAAGCAGCCGGACGGAUUCCAAAUACAAGCAGUUGAACGGUGGAGCGAUCAUCGUGGAGGAUCUGAAGCGAAGUGCCAACGGGAAAACCAAUAGAAUGGCCAACAGAGCUCACUUUCUGCACAUAGGACAUGAUAGCUCUAGAGGAUUAUAA